AAAGACAUUUAUUUGUAUACAGUCCCCCAAGCCCACCAUUGCUCCUGGUUAUUAUUUAUAGAACCCAAAGUUACAUCUCCUCCAAACAUAAAUUUCAGCUACAGAAUUAUUGCAUUUCAUGUGAAGUCAGAGCUAGAAAACAGCAUUCCCCAUAAUUUGGCCCUGAUGGAGACAAAACGCAUGCGAAAUUAAUUACUGCCAGACAGCUUACUUUAUACCUAAACAUUACUGUGAAUUACACUUAAGGGGCCAGAUUCUCAGUUGGUGUAAAUCAGCACAGCUCCACUACAGUCCAUGCAGCUAUUCUAAUUUACAUCAUCUGAUAAUCUGGCCCAGGAACUGGUGUUGGGUUGCAGAGAUAGAUGGUGGCUAAAUGUGUUCAUCUUAUUCAUGUAGGGGCAGAAAAGUGGUGAUGCAACUGUUGCAAAACCAGAUGGCCUGAGAGCACAGGGCAGCAUCUGUGGCAAAAUCUGUUUAUGUUGAGAACCAUUCCAACUCCCAACUCAAAGGUCCCUCACAAAAGGGCACUGGAGGGAGCUCUGCCCGCUGACUGAUGGUGGGAUAUGGCCCUGGCUGUGCAUCUGAUGGGACUCACGGGCCCUUUGAAUUUAAGAGAGACAAAGAGAACAUAUUUCUUCUAUUACUGGAAAAAACCCAUCAUCUUUAAAUUAGCACAGUCACACUUCUGCAAUCAUUCCAAAAGCAGAAAUGCAACUCUGCCCAGCUCCAAGAGCAAUUUGGGGAAGCUGCCAUCACACUAACCAUUUACGGUCAAAUAGCUCACUGGCUAACCCAAACUAGUAUGCAAGGGAGAUCAGGUAACAGCUAAGCCUGGUUAAAUGCUUUGAUGAAUCUCUAAUAAAUACAUGUACAUUUAUGGAGGGAUUCCAGCCUUAUUAACAUUCAGCACUCCUUCCUUCUCAAGAGGCUGCGUUAUCCUUGUCUGGGCUAGAUACGCACAAUAUACACAGGCACUGGGCACGUGUCUAAAACUCACUCCCAAGUCCUUCAUAUUCCAACAGAUUUCACACACCGGCUGUAACGCUGUUUAGUCUUCCCCUCUCACCCCUUACAAUUUACACGUCGGUUUGAUGCGCCCUCGCUCAAUCAACUGUUGACUGGGAAUUUUUUUUGACAGAUCCUCCCCCUUCAGCGAUCAACAGGGGAAGGAGACGCGCAGGGGCGCUCACCUGGUGCUCCAGGCAGCGCGGAGUUAGCCAGCUGGUGAGCAGCACCGCAGAUGUAGUUAGACCUACGGGACAGGGUUAAUCAGAGAGCCUGGAUUUAACCGCCUGCUUUUCUUCUCUGAUUGCACUGAAUGUCUCUCUUCCACUCUCUGCACCAUGUUCUCCCCUUGCCCCGGGAAAAGGUCCCCCCCCCGGUGGCACGAUCCAGAGAAAUGCUGACAGCCAGCCCCCCCCCCCCCCCCCCGGGGGCGGACUAAAAGAAACCAGCUCCUGCUUCCCUCGGCGCAGGGAGUUUUGCCCUCCCCUGCCGGCUGCGCCUUGUGUCUGAAAGGGCAGCGUUUUUCCGCUUGCAAUGGUCACUAACGAGCAAGUCCUUCUCCCCGAAACCUUUGUGGCUUUGCCAUUAAGAUGCCACGCUAGGCUGCGGAUUGCAGAGCCCCUUUGUGGGACGGGGAGCGAGGGGGAGGGCGGGUCACGCCUCUGUUGUGGGUCCUUGUGUGUGCACGCUGCUUGCCUAGCUCGCUGGGGAGCCGGGCACCGGGAGAGCUCCGACCCGCCGCGCCGCUUUACGGGCUGCCCGUAGCGUGCGGGGCUCGCUUCGCGAACCUCCCAGAGCCAGGGCCCCCGGCCCUCCGCCACCCCCUCUCCGGUCCCCAGGCAGGCGCGCGCAGCCGUGCGCCCCUUAUAUAGCCCUCUAAAAAUAGCUCGCCUUACACUGCCUUGUAGGGCAGCGGGGAGAUCAGCCCCCAUCCAAUCCGCAGGGCCCUUCCGUGCCAGGCUCCGCCUCCGGCCCCUUCUCUUUGGCCCUCAUUGGGCUUCAGUGACUUCAUGAGCUCCCCCCACCACUCCCUCUUCGCCUUACAUGGUCACGCGUUGUCUUAAUGGACAGCUUCCUUCAAGAGCUGACGGCUGCGCGGAGAAAAGAUGGGAGGGGAGGGGGACGAAGAGAAGGGGGGGGCUCUGAGCUUGCAGGAUUGAGGGGGGGGGAUUGGCUUUGAAAGGGGGGGGACAAUGGGGGCUGAGAAAAAAAGCGAUCGCGAGAAAAAAAAAUGCAACCUCCCAAAAAUAAAGAGCAAAGAUUGCAUUGAGCAGCGAGCAGCAAUGCAGAAAUAGAUGGCAGUUUCGUGUCAGGGAGUUUGCAUUCCCCCUUCCUGGUCCAAGAAGUGGAGUGAUUAAACCCCUGGAAGGGACUUGCAUUUACUACAAGUGGAAGAGUACCCCCGCUUUUGCUGGCUGCUGUUUGCACUGUACAUAUUGGGUGCAUCUAGCCAUUCUCACUGAGGGUUUUUUUUUCCUCCCCUCUCUUUCCUGAAUUGAUUUUUUUUUUUUACAGUGUGACAGAAACAAAACAAAACAAAAAAAGGGACAUUGGAUCUAUUGUUGUUUUUUAUGAUCACAAACAAAACCCCACCACAAACAAACAAACACAAAACAAAACAAAAGGGUUUUGCUCAGCAGCAGCAUGGAUGUGUUGGCUAGUUAUAGUAUAUUCCAGGAACUACAGCUUGUCCACGACACCGGCUACUUCUCAGCUUUGCCAUCCUUGGAGGAAAACUGGCAGCAGACAUGCCUUGAGUUGGAACGUUAUCUUCAGACGGAGCCAAGGAAGAUCUCAGAGAACUUUGGCGAGGAUUUGGACUGUUUCCUUCACACCUCCUCUCCUCCAGGCUCAGAGGACAGUAUCCGACGGCUGGACCCCAUCCUGUUUCCAGUGGAGACGAGUACAUGCGACAAAAGCACCAACAUGGACCUUAUCCUCUCACGAGACAAACUGCUGUCUGCGACGUGCCUCAGCUUGCAGCCCACCGGUUCUUCCAUAGAGGGUUACGCUGCUGUCAACCAGGCCCAACUCAACGCAGUGACCUCAUUAACGCCCCCUUCCUCUCCUGAGCUCAGCCGCCAUCUGGUAAAAACCCCACAAACUCUCUCCGCAGUGGACGGCACGGUGACGUUGAAGCUGGUGGCCAAGAAGGCAUCGCUCAGCUCAGUCAAGGUGGGAGUGGCGGCGGUGGCAACAGCAGGCACGAUAAAGAGCGGGCAGAAUGACGGUGAGCAAGGAGGGGCAGGGGCCGAGGCAUCCCCGGAAAACAAGAAGAGGGUUCAUCGCUGUCAAUUUAACGGGUGCCGGAAGGUUUAUACAAAGAGCUCCCACUUAAAGGCUCAUCAGAGGACUCACACAGGUGAGAAGCCUUACAAGUGCUCGUGGGAAGGGUGCGAGUGGCGUUUUGCACGAAGCGACGAGCUCACGAGGCACUACAGGAAACACACAGGGGCAAAACCCUUUAAAUGCAACCAUUGUGACAGGUGUUUUUCCAGGUCUGACCAUCUUGCCCUCCACAUGAAGAGACACAUCUAAGUACCUAAAAUCCAUCAGCAUGGCAUAGAUGUCAGCUGAGCUAAAAGACAUGGCAUGAAGGGUGGAACUCAGUUAUAACCCGCUGCCUUGCGGAAGAAGAGAACUUGAUCACAUGUAAACCUCUGUACACAGACCACACACUCACACUGUCAUGCACCCAACUAUACUUAAAUACAUACAUCUGUUCUUUAUGCCUUGCCCCAGCUGGAUGGAAGAAGGUGCAGGAGAGGAGACCGGGUAGAGGUGAAGUCAGUAAGAUAGAAUAAUUGCUUACAGACUUCAUCACCCGUGGAUUUGUUUCCAGCUAUUGCCAGUAGAAAUCAAAGUAAAAUGGAAGAGGCUUCUCUGCAGGUGGACAGCAAGUAGGAGGGGCUUAUUUAACUCGCUUCUCAAUGCAACUCCAUAGGAGAAUAGGUCGUCUUGAAGUUGCAUAUUUGUAGCACUAACUUUUCUUUUUAAAUAGAUGGGGGGGGGGGAAAAUAAUGACCUAGAAAACCAAAUCCCAGUUUGGUAGCCAAAAUUAACCUCUUGGUUCCUUUGUUCUUUGUCUGAGAAUUCCUAAUGCUUGACACGUCAAACUUCUCACAGACACUUUGAUCUGUCUUGGUUUUGGUUCUUCCUAGAACUGAGCUAUUAAGAUCCUUUUAAGUCAAUACCAAUGGCCUUAAUGGCAGUUGACUGUGGAGUGACACCUGUGACAUAUACAUCAUCUGUUUGGCCUGAGUUUAUGUAGACUUCAUGGAGGACGAUAUUUUUGUUUGGGUAUUUUUGUGUUAACUUUUUUUUGGCUAUUGCAUGCCCUAUGCACUGAUAGGGAUUAUGGAAGCUGCUGGCAUGACUGAAAAGCGGCCAAAGGAAGAGUCCCUGAAACACCACGUUAUAUCUCCAUAGGGAUCACCUUAUUGCCAUAGCUAGGACUUCUUGUUUGUCUAAUGAAAACUUGAAAAGCUCAUGUGGAAGCUUAGACAUUUUAUCUUUUCUCCAUGAACAAGUGAUCUUCAGAACUCCUUUUCUUCACCUGCUUAUCUGUCUUGGACUGGACAAUCAGGCAUGACGACAGAUUUCCUUCAGCACCAUGUGAGCAUGUUGGCUACAAUCCACAGUGAUUGACAAAUUGUGUUGCGUGUUCUUGUUAUUCUAUUGACCAGUUUAAAACAUUGACUUUUAAUUUGUUGAAAGAGCACCUGCAAACAUUUAUUUUCUAAGCCUAACUUUUGGUUAAGCAUCUUACAAAAAAAAAAAAAAAAACCCGCCAAAAAUACUACUCUAAUCCCAGAGUGGGAAGGUGAGAACCUCUUCCAAAUAAAGUGGCUUCAUUCAGCAUUAAUCUUUUAAAGGAAAGAUCACAGUCCUCCUUUCCCAUUCGUCAAGGUGAUGGUAUAGCCCACGGAUAUUAAAAAAAAUUGUAAGAAUAUUUAAAGAGUGAAUGAAGGGUUGGCUUUUGUGCACAGCACUGAGGAUUUUCCAAGUGAUUGGUCUGGUAUUGGUAGCACGGGUCCUAUUCGACCUUCAGUCUGUACCAUCCAGGAUCAAUGGAAGCCUCACGCUCACCCUUGAAUCCUGUAGAUAAUUUGACCGUCUUGGCUCAAAGUGGACUAAAUUUCUUGUUAAAAAAAAAAAAAAGUAAUAUAUAUAUAUAUAUAUAUAAAUACAACUUGCAUUUAUAGCAAGUUGGCACUGGCCCUAACUCCAAAGACUGCCUUUAGGACCAUAUAAAAUGGCCUAUGCAAGCAGGUGGGGUGGUCAUUGGACAGGUUGUAUAUUUUGUAUAUUCUAGGACCCUCCCUACAAGACAUGUCUAGAAAUGAAACAAAAUGGCAUAUGGUCCACAAAUGGUUGCUGCUCUUUUAUACUGUACUAGCCAACUGCCCUCCUUUGACUGUUUUGACUCAUUGACUGUUAAAUAUUUCCCUUUUGGGAUGCAAAACUGAACUCUUAACAAAAAAAUCCAUAGCUGUAAAACGUAAGAGCAGUCAGUGGAAUAAUUGGUACUUGCGUUCUCCGCAUCUGCGCAACCUUUGUUCCAGUCAGAGAAUGAAUCUACCUGAAAGAUGUUUAUUUUGCUCACAGUUUUUACAAAUACUGACUGUCAGUUGGACACUUUGGUGGGGAAUAUGAUAUCUGGUCCAUAUGGCAUGAGAUAUGGACCAAAAUCUAACCAUCUUUUUGGGGGGCAAUGAUGUAAACAGUGAAAAAAGUAAGAAAAAAUUGAGUUUUAGUCCAAAGAUUUAAAACUAACUAUACUAUUAAAAAAAAUUACUGGAGCACUGCUUGCUGACAAUCUCGUAGUUCUCGACUUCUGUGUUUGCAUACUUCUUAUGGCCAUUCCAUCCAGGAGUUCAAUUGGGUUCUGAGGGCCCUACAACCCAACUUGUGUUUGAAUAUGUGGAGCAUCUUACCAGGAUGUCUCAUGGGAGCUUGAGGAUACUUGAACCUCAGCUGCGUGAAACUAUAGAGCAUCCAUUUAGUGCAUUAGAUAAAAAUUUAGAAAACUCUAGAAGACGUUCCUAUAGCAUCCUACAGUACAUGUGCACAUACUCACCACUACAUUAGGCUAUGAACCUGUAUAAAUGUUCUCUUCAGAACUCUAGGUAAUCCUGCCUCUAGAAAUGUUACUAAUAGUCCAGAAGACUUAAUAUUAAGGGCAAUUUAAGUACAAGGCUCUAUUUUAAAAAUGAAAAAAAAAUGGAGAGAAAAUAUUUGCUUCCUCUUGUCACUUGAGGUCUUGUUAACAUCUCAUUUAAAAUAUAGCAGAACAAGGGCCCUUUUGAUAAAUAUCAAAAAUUUCUGAAAUAUUUGGAAACUCUUUCGUUUUUACAGAUAGGCCUGAAUCAAAAUACCCCAAAACCACAGGAAAAGGGUUCAGAAUCCAAACCAAGACCUGGAUUUCUCAGUUGGGCCCUGUCUGUGAUGGUCCUCUAACUUUGAAAGAGAAAUUUGGGGUUUCGGGACCAUCACUGAUAUUUUUCAGAGACGUUUGUAGUCUGCGUAUAUUGUGUCUCAGCUCAGUGCACUCUGUCAGUCAUUUAUAGCAGAAAGUGCACGUUCUAGUCUCAGGGGACAGUGGGUAAAGCAAACAGUUUGGUCAUAGUUACGAUUUUUCAAAAGCAACUAGGGAUUUUGGGUGCCCAACUUGAGACAACUUAAAUGGGUCUGAUUUCCAUGCAUUGGUGCUCAGGACUCUGUAGAAAAACCAGGCUCCUUUUAAGUCGAGAGCUCAAAACCUGAGGCACCCAAGAUCACUUGCAACUGUAGCAGAAAAACAUGGGCUGGGACCCAUGAAAAAUGGGAAAGAGCUAAUCCUCUCUAUAAGGCUGCUUUGGGAACCAAGUUAUCUAGCAGCUUUUCAAAAGAGCCUUAAAGAGAGGGCUUUACCCUGUUUCCCUUCAAAUUGAAUUCAUGCCCAUUUGCAGAACAGAAGACAUAAAAUGACCAGACAUGGCUUCCAAGAUCAUUGGGGAUGGGAACAAAUUGAGACACAAGUCCCACAAAAAAACUGAUGCCUACAAACUGGUGGAAAAAGAGCACAGAGGAGGAAUAUGAGUUUCUCUGAAUAGUGAUGUAGCAUUAGUCUGGAGAAGAGCAAGCAGGACACACUUCAUAUAUUAGGACACUGGGGUACCUGAGUUAUUCUGGAUUUACACUGGUGUAACUGAGCAGAAUGUACACCUUAAUGGGGUUCUGCUUCAAAAAAUGAGUUAAAGUUUCAUUAUGAGGCUUUAUUUUUUCUUUCAGUUAUUCCAUAUCAGAUUUUCUUAGUGUAGGUAUAAAAGCCGGUUGUCUCAUAACUCAGUUUGGGAUCGGACAUGCAAGUUGGGUUUCCUUCUUUCUUUGGGGUCACCUUUUUGAUCUGUAUCCUCAGCACUCCUGUCGUGUCUCACUGUUCCCAUAUCAAGCAUGGAGGGCCACAGUGCCAUGUUUUUAGUCACUUUUCAGAGUAACAAAAACAACCCUCAAAAGUGUACAUAUAAUAUACAAAAUGCCAGACAAUUCCAGCAAUUCGAGUGAGAGCCUAGCAAAUACUUCAAUCCAUUACCCCAGAGGUGCUUUACUCCAGUGACCAGCAUUCUGUCUGUUGAACUAGAGAAUUACAUCCUCAAUGGUUAGAAAACAAAAGGUGGAUGUCAUUUGCUAUUAAAUUCCAUGAAUGAAAUCCUAGCCCCAUGUCAAGACUCCCAUUGACUUCACUGGUGCCCAGAAUUUCACUUUGUGGGGUUGAGUCUUCGCUCUAUUAAACUGGUGUAACAGAAUAUAGAAUCACGCCUAGAGACCUCUAUUAGUUUCCUCCUUAUUAAAUUCUACAGGACUUUUCUAUUAGGAGAGAAGUCUUGGAAAAGAAAAAAGUUAUGGAAGUCCCAGUAUGACUGUCAGCAGACAUUACUGUACCAUGCAGCCUAUGUCUUGGGUCCUUACCCACACAUUGGAGUUAAAUUACUUUAGAUCUAAUGUAAUUUACAUCACUGUGCAUAUGCACAUUAGAAUACUAUCUUUCUUCUCAUUGGCAGCAGGCUUCACUGGAAUCUGAUUUUAUUUUAUUUUUUUAAAAGGUAAGCACCAUUUUACUUGGUAUCCUGAAACCACUGACCAAAUAUGGGAGAAGAGGGUAAAUUGGAAUGUAAAAGUGGGACACACUUCGUUGCUUUCAGGAUUCUGUGUUUAAUUUAAGCUAAAAGCAACUAACCUUUGAUGUCCUGCCUAAAACGGAGACGAUGGAUGAAUAUGAUGGCUAGUGUGACUGAAUACACCUUCUCUGUGACUUGAUCACUAUUUGCAAUCUCAGAGGCUCUCUCUCUCUCAUUGUUCCCCAAUUUUGGGCAUUUUUGUUUCUUUAGCAUUUUUCAAUACAAAGAUUGCCCUCCUAUUUAAGCUCUUGGGAUCUUUGCUUCUCUAUGUACCGAAGAGAUCAUAACAGAUGCUUGCAAUAUAAGAAACAAAUCAAGCUUGUUUGUUUCCUUUUCUCCCCUCCACCUUACAUGUGUCAAAAAGUAUAAAAAAAACAUAUGAGGGGGAAAAAGUUUGUAAAUAAUUUCACUUUCACAAGGCCAACCGCCAGUGGCUCCAGGGUUUUUAAAUCACACUUUUAUUCAUGCCUCAACACAUCUUGAUUCUUGGUAUCCCCAUGCUGUGCGAUUUUGUAUUUUUAAGCUUUCAUAUUUGUGGGCAAAACCUCUAACCCAACACUCCCUUAAAAUACAUUUUGUUGGUUUCUGGUAGAUCAUAUAUUUUAAAAAGAACGUGAAAAUAACUCUAUUCAGUAUUGGCUUGAAAAACAAAAACAUGAAAAUCCUCUUCUUCCUAAGAUUUUACACCCAUUGAUCGAAGAGCCUUGCCUUCUCUUACUAGCAUUAUUUCUAGUCCCUUGGAAUGAUGAUUUCACAAUGAAGCUAAAGAGGUUAAUCUUCCAAGUGUUGCAUUAAUAAUAACAGGGAUAACUUCUGCGAUCUUCCUCAGCCACAACAUCUCAGUGGCUUCAGUGGCAAGUUUUGCCCGUGUAAGAACUGCAGGAGUUGGCCCCCCCACACACACUAAGGUCUCUCUUAUGUAGUGAAACUUUUCUCCCUUCUUUGAGAAAGAGGUCAGUAUAUUCAGAAAUGUGGUGACCAUCUGCCUUCUGUACCACCUCAAAAGUGGACUUACCUAAUCGAAAACAUUCAGAAGCAGGUGUUUUCAAACAGGGUUUUGUUUUUGUUUUUUUCCUUAAAGCUUAUGAAUAGCAUUUUUUAUGUAAAAAUUAAAGUUGGACUGUUCAUAAUUUUCAUAAUGAAAGCAUUUACUUGUAAGUGUUUGGAUUCCAACUUCUGUGUACUGCCAGAAAACAGGUUCUACCCCCUCUCUCUGGGUGUGUAUGUAUAGCACAUACCUACAUGGAAGAAGAAAUUGAGCUACUGACAUUUUCAGUGUGGUAGCCAACUGUGCCUAUUGCCUUUGGUUUGGGGAGGGUGCUCACUGUUGCCAGUGCAUUUUAGAAAUAGCGUGGGUUUACAUAGGAAGUUUUCAGCCGUAUUUGUUGCUGUGUAUUGUGAGCUAGUAAGCUGCAAACUAGGGGGCGGGAAAAGGAGGGCUCAGACUAUACCCGGAGAGUAAAACGGAAUGGAGAGAGAUGACAUUUUUAGCCUUUAUCUUUGGACUGUAGAGAAAAAUAAAAACCAACACACAGUCCCAAAAAAGCCUGUUGGCUGGGGGGCUGAUCCUUAGCUUAUAUUUUAACCCAUCUCUCCUGUAGUUUAGAACACGAGCCCUACAGGCCCUGAGAGUAGCUUGAAACACUGGUUUAAACACUACUUUGUUACUGGGGCCUUGUCUCUACCAGACAAGUUGCACCAGUUUUAUAAAAUCAAGCUAGUUAAACGAAUGAAAACGCCGCUACAUAGGUGCGCUUAGCCUUUGCUCAAGUCUGUUUAGUUUGCAUUGGUAACUUUUAAUUAAUCAAUCUUAACUGAUGUAAGAAACAGCUAAGCUAUUUUAGGUGCAUUUAUAUUAGAGGCUGGCUCUGGUUUAACUAGAUUGAUUUUUAAAAUCAGUCCGAUGAACUGCUGUAACUUUUCUCCCAUAAAACAAGGCCUUCGUAUUUCUGCUCAUUUAAACAGGAAGUAAAAAAUAAUAUGGCCAAGAUAUUUUUCUUUUAUGGCAAUGUUCACUUUCUGCCCCUCACUCCUUGGUUAAGCUCUUUCUUGGUCCCUACUGUAUCACUUUAACAAACAAACAAACAGUACAAGUGCUCCCCCUUUGAAACAAAAACACCCCUCUCCCCCACAAACAACAUAGCUUGAAGGAUGUUCAUUUUGCACUAUAAUUUUUCUUUUGCCAGAUGUGUCUAACAAGUGCAUUUGGAGAUGCCCUCGGUCACAUUCUCUCAGGCCUACUCUGGUAUUUCUAAUAUAUCACAGAAGUACCCAAUCUUGUAGCCCUCAGUUCUGCCUUUUUUUGACAUUUUAUUUUUUUUAAGCUUUUUAUAAAUAUAUAUAUAUAUAAAUAUAAAUAUAUUACUUUGUCAGUUUUUUUGCUGUACAAAAAGUCUUUAAGAUUUAAAAAAUAUUAUUUGUAUUAUAUGAUGGUGGUAUGUUAAUGUUACAAAAUUAUUAAUGAAGAAAAAAUUUAUUUUUGUUACUGGUCUGUUUCAUAAUUCUUUUUUAAAUUGGUAUAUUGUAAGAUAUCUAUGCAAAAAUGUUAUGUGAUGCAUUUUUAUUUAAGAAUGUAAUAUGUGUAAUAAACAGUAGAAUGUGUUUGGCCUGAAAA